GUUCAAACCACGCAUUAGUCGUGGCUUUAGUUGGUUAUUAUUAAUCGUUUGCUUUGCUAGUGCUCAAAUAAAGGACGUGCAUCCAUAAAAAAGACAAUUGUACAAAAAAGUAAACAACUAAUGGCCUUCUUAUGGUUCAUGAUCUAUUAUACUUUGUGUUCCCUUUUCUCAACUACGAUUUCGGAGCAGAUAAAUUCUCUCCCUGGACAAACCGUCAAUGUUACCUUUAAGCAGUUCUCCGGCUACAUAGUAUCGGAUGAUUAUUAUGGAAGAUCGCUCUUCUACUAUUUCGUCGAAGCCCAAUCAAAACGUUCGCCAACCCUCCUCCCUCUUACUCUUUGGCUUGGAGGAGCACAUGGCUGUUCUUCGUCUGGCAAUGCUUUGUUCACUGAAAAUGGUCCAUUCAGGCCUGCAAAAGACGGGAAACUGAUACUAAAUCCAUUUUCUUGGAACUUAGUGUCGAACAUGUUAUACGUGGAUUCCCCAAUCGGAACUGGGUUUUCUUUCUCUAAUACUGACUCAGACUACACCAAAUGGAAUCAUAGCAUGACAGUGCAUGAAAAUAUGAAGUUCGUCCUCAAGUGGUUUGAGAAAUUUCCCAAGUACAGAAACUCAGAUUUUUACUUGGCUGGGGAUGGUUCCGCAGGGCACUUAAUACCGCAACUUGCUGCAUUAAUGCUUGAAUACAAUCAACACAAUGAUGCCAUGCCGAUCAAGUUAAAAGGCAUUGCUCUUGGGAACCCGGGUAUGGGUACUCCGGGUAUAGAUACAGCUGACUAUCUUUGGUACCACGGAGUCAUAUCUCAAGAGUUGUACACUAUGCUAAAGACGGUUUGUAGCUAUGCAAAACAGUUCUACGAGGGGCAUCAUGGUAAAUUCUCUAAAGACUGCCAGAUAGUUUCAGAUAAGAUGUUUGAGGAGACUGGGGAGGACUUUGAAAUGGAUAGUUUGCUUUCUCCAAACUGUGUUUCAUCAAAUCCGCUGGCUAGAGAAAACAUCAUUGGUUAUCCCUGCCUUUCUGAAAAUACAUUGGCCUAUUUAAACAAGCCUGAAGUUAGAAAAGCUUUGCAUGUCAACAAGGCUCGUUUCCCAUAUCAUUGGAAUACCUGCGAAGGGCCCCUGUGGUCUUUGAAGGACGCAUACAGUACAAAAAACUUUCAUACUCUAUCAACACUUUUAGAGAGGGAUAUUAGAAUCCUAUUCUACAG